UGCGCGUUAACUUUAGGUUGGCAGCAAUUGUCAAAUGUUUAAUGUAAAAACGACAAACGUCAAGCAAAAGGCAUUAACGGUUCAGUCUUCGUCACAUCUACAAUUUAUCAUCGCAGAAAAGUCCAUCUUUUUUCGUAUUUAAUUAUCGACAAAUUGUCUCGUUAAAAGCUCGACCAUGCAAAUUUUCGUGAAAACCCUCACUGGGAAGACCAUCACCCUUGAGGUUGAGGCCUCCGAUACUAUCGAGAACGUUAAAGCUAAAAUCCAAGAUAAAGAGGGUAUCCCACCCGAUCAGCAGCGUUUGAUCUUUGCCGGUAAGCAGUUGGAGGAUGGCAGAACACUUUCCGAUUACAAUAUCCAGAAGGAAUCAACCCUUCAUCUCGUUCUUCGUCUUCGUGGAGGUAUGCAGAUUUUCGUUAAGACCCUGACUGGAAAAACCAUCACUUUGGAAGUAGAAGCCUCCGAUACCAUCGAGAACGUAAAGGCUAAAAUUCAGGAUAAGGAAGGUAUUCCUCCAGAUCAGCAACGUUUGAUCUUCGCUGGUAAGCAGUUAGAAGAUGGAAGAACCCUUUCUGAUUACAAUAUUCAGAAGGAGUCAACUCUUCAUCUCGUUCUUCGUCUUCGUGGAGGUAUGCAGAUUUUCGUUAAGACCCUGACUGGCAAAACCAUUACUUUGGAAGUAGAAGCCUCCGAUACCAUCGAAAACGUAAAAGCUAAAAUCCAGGAUAAGGAAGGUAUUCCUCCAGAUCAGCAACGUUUGAUCUUCGCUGGUAAGCAGUUAGAGGAUGGAAGAACCCUUUCUGAUUACAAUAUUCAGAAGGAGUCAACUCUUCAUCUCGUUCUUCGACUUCGUGGAGGUAUGCAAAUUUUCGUUAAGACCCUAACUGGAAAAACCAUCACUUUGGAAGUUGAGGCCUCCGAUACCAUCGAAAACGUAAAGGCUAAAAUUCAGGAUAAGGAAGGUAUUCCUCCAGAUCAGCAACGUUUGAUCUUUGCUGGAAAACAACUCGAAGAUGGAAGAACCCUUUCCGAUUAUAAUAUCCAAAAAGAGUCAACCCUUCAUCUCGUUCUUCGUCUUCGUGGAGGUAUGCAAAUUUUCGUUAAGACCCUGACUGGAAAAACCAUCACUUUGGAAGUUGAGGCCUCCGAUACCAUCGAAAACGUAAAGGCUAAAAUCCAGGAUAAGGAAGGUAUUCCUCCAGAUCAGCAACGUUUGAUCUUCGCUGGUAAGCAGUUAGAGGAUGGAAGAACCCUUUCUGAUUACAAUAUUCAGAAGGAGUCAACCCUUCAUCUCGUUCUCCGUCUUCGUGGAGGUAUGCAAAUUUUCGUUAAGACCCUGACGGGAAAAACCAUCACUUUAGAAGUUGAGGCCUCCGAUACCAUCGAAAACGUAAAGGCUAAAAUUCAGGAUAAGGAAGGUAUUCCUCCAGAUCAGCAACGUUUAAUCUUCGCCGGAAAACAACUCGAAGAUGGAAGAACCCUUUCCGAUUAUAAUAUCCAAAAGGAAUCAACCCUUCAUCUUGUUCUCCGUCUUCGUGGAGGAAAUGGUAUUUAGAUAAAUUUUUCAUUUUCAAAAAUUGUGUCUUUUGGUCUUUAUUAAAUAUAUAAUAUUAAUCUCAGCGGUCGAGUAAUUAACGACACGCGACUUUAUUCUCAUUUCAAAUAUAAAAAAAAAGAGAAAAAUAAAAUGUUUUCUCCAUUUGUAAUUUCAUUUUUUUUUUGCAUUUCUGUAAUAGUAUUCCAAUAAAGACUCGCAUUCCAAAAA